CUGUGAGCGGUGGAGCAGCUGUUUGUGCUCGGCCGGUGAUAGGAGUGGACCGCUGUAACCGAAACAAGCAUCAUGUCAGAGUUGACCGGGAAGGUCCAGACUGUCCUGGGUCUGGUGGAUCCAGACCAGCUGGGCCGCACUAUGACCCAUGAGCACCUGACCAUGAGCUUCGAGUGCUGCUACUUCCCUCCUCCUCCAGGUGAUGAGACGGUGGCGGAGAACCCGUUCCAGAUGCAGCACAUGCACUGGCUGAGACAGAACCCCUACAGCUGCCACGAGAACCUGCUCCUGCAGCAGGAGACCGGCGCCGUCCGGGACGAGCUGCUGGCCUACAGGAAGGCCGGCGGGGGCACGAUAGUGGAGAACACCACCACGGGCAUCGACCGGGACCUGCCCACCCUCCGGCAGCUGGCCAAGGACACCGGGGUCCACAUCAUCGCAGGAGCAGGCUACUAUGUGGACUGCACCCACACUGAGGCCACCAAGAAAAUGAGUGUGGAGAAGCUCACAGACAUCAUUGUCAGUGAGGUGCUUCACGGCGCAGACGGGACAGACAUCCGCUGCGGUGUGAUUGGAGAGAUUGGCACCGGCUGGCCCAUCACAGAGAGCGAAAAGAAGGUGCUGAGGGCCACGGCUCACGCUCAGGCUCAGCUCGGCUGCCCCGUCAUCAUUCAUCCCGGCAGAAAUCCUGCCGCUCCGGCUGAAGUCGUCCGGAUUCUCCAGGAGGCCGGUGGUGACAUCGGGAAAACUGUCAUGUCUCACCUGGACAGGACUAUAUUUGAUGAGGGUGAACUGCUUGAGUUUGCGAAACUGGGGAGUUACCUGGAGUAUGAUCUGUUUGGAACGGAGAUGCUGAACUACCCGUAUAACCUGGAGGUGGACAUGCCCAGUGACAUCCAGAGAGUUAAAGCCUUGGCGUUCCUGGUAAAGGAGGGCUACGAGGACAAGAUUGUGGUCGCACAUGACAUCCACACCAAGAACCGCCUGACCAAGUACGGAGGACACGGCUACUCUCACAUCCUGAAGAACAUUGUGCCGAAGAUGCUGAUGAGGGGCAUCUCGCAGCACCAGGUGGAUAAGAUUCUCAUCAACAACCCAAAACACUGGCUGACCUUCAACUAAAACAAAAAAAAAAAAAAAAAGAGAGAACGGAGGCAAGCGCUUUGAUGUAGAGAUUAUUUUAUCUUCAGGUGAUGAAUGAACAGUGAAUAUUCUUGAGAUCUUUGCAAUAAUCACAGUCCAAAGUGAGUCGUAAAUGUGCUUUUGGGCCCCUAAACCAAUAAGCUUUACAGCGUCUUUGUCUUUAAUGUCAAUGUUCUUCAAUUUUUCAGCAAAGCAAAAUGUUUUGUAACAUCUUUUUCAAUGGAAAAUAAUUACAAACUGUUUCAUCCAGCUGUAAGAGUUUUUACAGAGAUCCUUAUUAAUUAAAGCUUCAUUUUAAAUUGUGAUUAUACAUUAUUCACACAAGCAAAUGAUAUAAAAGGAGCCUUGCAGGAUCACAGUGCCUCUAAUUAGCAGUCUUGUUUUGGUCCAAUUUAUGCCACAAAAAAAACAGCUCUUGUCUGCAGAAAUGUGAAAGAAAUAUAAGUCAAACAUUUCCCGUUCCGUGGAGGUAUUGUCUACGGCGGUGCUGACAAAUAUGGUGCUAAUUGAUUUUUCAAUUCCAAUGUCAGUGUCGUAGCUGCUGUCUCUGUAUUUGUAAGUGACAUUUCUGCAAACAUGCGGUAUGGAGGGAAAAUAAUGAGCGUUUUGGUAAUCAGUAUGCUGCUCUGCUCUCGACACAUUGCGGCUGUGUUAGAUGAGUCGUCCUGUUGCCCCUCAGUGGGUGCCUGGGUGUCUAUGGGAGGCCGACUGUCUGGCAGGUCCGGAUGAAGGACACGUUCUCCUCUCACCUGGGAACAGGUGGCUUCACAGGGUGACUUCACCACAUGAUCAAUGGCAGGAUUGCAACAGCUGACUUGUGCGCCGUGAAAAACUAUAUAACUUUGAUUAAUCUCCCGAGAGGGUGACAAGAGUGAGGCAGAGGAUUUCAUUUUUACAUUAUACUUUACAUUCUAGCCGGCAGUCUUAUCAGGAGGGGCUUAACAACCAGCAGGCAGAUCGAUGAACAUUUUUGAUCUCGAGGAAACAUUUUUGUCCGUGUGACUGUCCAGCUUUGUGACGGUGACUAACUAUCGGGCCACCCUGUUGGCCCAACCAGCUGUUGUAUUGGGACAGACAAGACAAAUGAGUUGCGAUGAUGAGUUUGUGACAGUGCUUCAAUGUGAACAUCAGAAUGGCCCUUUACAGAUUUCUAUUUCUCUUUAAAGUCUUUUUUUUUUAAUGCUGCACAGAGUUAAACUGUUAAUUUCUAUAAUCAUGCAUCACUACAGCUUUGAACAUUAUCACUCAAAGUGCCACAACUAUCACAUAUGUUUGAGAAAUAAAGCACACAUGGACAAGCAA